AUGUUCACAGAUGCAUAUGAUUCUUAUGUACCUUCUGAUGAGGAAGACUCAGAGCAGACUCUCUUUCGCCAUCGUAUUCUCAAGCAAACUAUAAGUUCAUAUUCUACUGGCUUAAUACUUAAAUUAAUCUUAUUAAAUGUGAAUAAUAACUACUUGCUGCUUCUUCUUUUCUCAAGAAUACGCUCGAGGGAAAUCCAAAUAAUUGCUGAUGUGGAGAGUAUAGCCCUCCUCGUUGCCAAGAACAUGCUCGUCGGCAAAGCCAUCGAGGGGACCCAGUGGGAGGCGCUGAAGCCCUGCAUGAGCCCGAGAGGUGCUCGAGCAUUUGAAAGUUCAUCUAUUCAAUGUAGUUUGUAA